GCGCUGCUGUCCUUUUUCAUGGCUGAGAGAAAGCGAAUAAGCAACGGUGUGUGUCUGGGGGGGGGUGAGCGUGAGUUGUGUACGUGUGUGCAUAGAAAAGGGAGAGAGGGUAGCAAACAUGGAUUCAAGAUUUUCCUCUCCCCAGUGGCUGUGCAAAGGAAUGAAAGGUCUGCAUCAAGCUGAGGUGGAAGGGUUACAGGUCACUGUGCCUGAGAAGAAGAAGGUGGCCAUGUUAUUCCAGCCUGCUCUGCUUCGCUGCCAUUUCUCUACUUCUUCCACCCAACCAGCUGUGGUACAGUGGAGGUUUAAAUCUUACUGCCAGGACCGGAUGGGAGAAGCUUUGGGUAUGGCGACUUCUGGUUUACAAACGAUGAGCAAGAGGAACCUGGACUGGGAUCCCUACCUGGACUGUGUGGACAGCAGGAGGACAGUCCGUGUUGUGGCCUCCAAACAAGGAUCUGCCGUCACUAUAGGGGACUUUUAUAAGGAAAGAGAUGUCAGCAUUGUCCAUGAUGCAGACCUACAGAUUGGGAAGUUGAUGUGGGGAGACAGUGGGCUCUAUUAUUGCCUUAUUAUCACACCGGAUGAUGUGGAGGGCAAGAAUGAAGAAUCAGUGGAGCUGCUUGUGCUUGGCAGGACAGGGCUGCUUGCUGAUCUCUUGCCCAGUUUUGCUGUGGAGAUUAUGCCAGAGUGGGUCUUUGUGGGCCUGGUGAUCCUGGGGGCGUUCCUGUUCUUCCUCCUGGUGGGGAUCUGCUGGUGCCAGUGCUGCCCACACAGCUGCUGCUGUUACGUCCGCUGCCCCUGCUGUCCCGAGUCCUGCUGCUGUCCCCGGGCGUUGUAUGUAGCGGGCAAGGCAGCAAAAGCUGGGUACCCUCCUGCAGUCUCUACCAUGCCCGGUCCAUACUACAUACCCAGUGUUCCCGUAGCUGGCGUCCCGUCUCCUGCUGUGCUGAUGGAUAAGUCGCACCCACCUCCCUUAGCCCCAAGUGACUCCAGUGGAGGAAGCCAAAAUGCGGUGCGCAAAGGGUACAGGAUUCAGACUGACAAGGAAAGGGACUCCAUGAAGGUGCUGUACUAUGUCGAGAAAGAACUGGCUCAGUUUGACCCAGCUAGGAGGAUGCGAGAACGAUAUAACAACACCAUCUCUGAACUCAGCUCUUUGCACGAAGAGGACUUGAACUUCCGGCAGCCCUACCGCCAGGUGCGAAGGAAACCUCUGCCUGCUGCGGGGGACCUGGAUGGUGAUGCUGAGUACUGGGCAGGAGUGGUUGGUGGGGGCAGCACGUCAAGGUCGCAGGCUGUCUCCGAUUACAGAGAUGAGCGGGACAGUUUCCGGCACAGCCAGCAGAGAUCCAAGUCCGAGAUGUUGUCCCGUAAGAGUUUCUCUGUGGGAGUGCCGGCCGUCUCGAUGGACGAGCUGGCAGCCUUUGCAGAGUCCUACAGCCAGCGGACCCGGCGGGCAGACAGCCAGGAGACUCGGCGUUUCGAGCGGUCAGAGUCGCACGGCGGCCGCAGCGGAGGGCUGCCCCACCAGGACAGCUCCAUGGAGGAGUACUACACCAAGCGGAGCAGAGGGAACCGAGAGCCGCUGACGGACUCGGAUCGGGGCUGGUCAUAUAGCCCCCCCCGGAGACGGGCCCACGAGGAGAAGCACCUGCCCAGGCUGGUGAGCCGGACGCCCGGAGGCAGCCAGAAAUACGAUCACUCCUACCUCAGCAGCGUCUUGGAGAGGAAAUCCCGGAGCUACGAUGAGAGCGGUGACCGUUGCGAGACCCCCUCAAAGCUGAGCUCGCAGCCCAGCCAGAGAGGAGGGGGAACAUACUAUGCCUGGUCACCACCCUCUACCUACAAAGCCGAGAAGUCGCAGCAGCAGGCGCAGCAGCCGCCACCGCCGCCUCAGCAGGAGGAGGGGGAGGACAGCCUGCCCCCGUACAGCGAGAGGGAGCUGAGCCGAGGCCCUUCGUACAGGGCCAGGGAGCAGGCCUACCUCAACGCCUCUGACAAGAAGAGGAAAAAGGACCCCAAGAAAACUAACGAUUUCCCAACGAGGAUGUCCCUUGUGGUUUGAAGUUGUUGUGGACGUGCCAUGUUGAUGGACUGGACACCAAGAGGUGACUUGCAGCGGAAAAGAUACAGAGCAACAAGCAAGACGAGCCUCCGUGAACCUUCGCAGCCAUCAGCUGUGGACUCUUUCAGUUGUUUCAUCGCAGGAGCAGAGGCUUUUCUAAGAGACAGGCUCCCAUGAACAGCACUCGAUCUCAGAGGCUCUGGGAGUCUGCCAGGAAAACGAGGCCAGGGCUGUCUUCGGCACCCUGUUUUCCAGUGCCCUCCGUUCUGCGCUGGAAGGCAGCCACGUCCCUACUGUCCCUGCAGCCCUGAACUACACGCGAGGCUGCCUUUGUGCCUCCUGCCCCUUUUCAUGUGCAGAGAGAGGCUUGCGUGCAUUCCUCUUGCUCUCUCUGUCUCCUCAGCUCUCUGUUUGAAACAAAAUUGUCUCCAUACUUAUACCUAAAGCCUUUUCUGUAUCAUCCCCAUGUUGGGAGGAGGCCUUGUUCUUACAGCUGCAGACUGCCUCCAGCUGAUCAGGCCCUAAAUCGUGAAAGAAAAUCUAUACCCUUUCAGACACUAUAGAAAAGGACUGAUGACGUGUUACUUGGGCAAGGGCUGAACAGAGAGAAGGACAAUUACGGGCUGGUUUGUUCAAUAUAUUUAGUUCUGUUCAUUGUGUGAUGAGAGUUGCAGGUGAGAUUGAUACAUUGUUUUGAAAGUGGAUCAAAGUAGCUUUUAUUGUGAUGA